GAUUGAUCUUUGCGUUCCGUCGAUUUCAUGCCAAUUAUUUGUCCCGUACGACGCACGAUCUACUUGCCUGUCGUCGUCGCCGUCGUCGUCGUCGCCGUCGUCGUCGUCGCCGUCGCCGUCGUCGUCGUCGUCGUCGUCGUCGUCGUCGUCGUUUCCGCCGCUGCCGCCCACCGCCAUCGCCGCUCUCCUCACUUUCUUGCGGGAGCGGGACGUCAAGUUUGUCGCGGAUCGUUCGUAUAUCCGUAUACACAUACGGUGCCGUCGUUUAGCACACGUGCCAAGCAAUCGGUUCUUUCGGUCGUGUUUCUGUGUUUAGAUGUUUGGUCGCCGUCGCGCUCGAGGAAAAAAAAACAGAUUGGUUCGUGCAACGAUAUUUUUAAGUCCGCCUAGUGUCAUGCUAAAGAUAUGGACGGAAGAAUUUUUAUCCACUAUAUCGAAACUAGAUCCGAAAUUUAUAGCACUGCACUGCCAAGAAGUAGGUGGAAAAAAUUACGAACAGAGUAUGAGGCAUGUCGAAGACUUUGUUAGAUUACUAAUGUCAUCGGAAGAAUUAAGAUUGUUUGACAAAAUUAGGGUAUUCCUUGACGAGGAUUAUUCAUCCGCUGAACAUUUCACAGCUCUAGGAAAUUUCUAUUUCGUACACGAGUCCUUGAGCGAUGUUUUAUUAUGGGAUUUUAACGAUUGUACCUUUAUACCAGUAAAUGGAAAAGAAGUUCAUUCUGGCAACAUAGAAGCAGUUACAACCAAAGAAAAAGCCAAGUUUCCUCAAGAAUUUUUCCCAGAAUGCAAAUGGUCCAGGAAGGGUUUUCUGCGAACUCGAUGGAGUAUCAGCGGAACAGUUUUUGAUCUCAUAAACAUACAUUUAUUUCACGACGCGAGCAAUUUUAUUGCUAUGGAGACGUUUCCAUCGGUAUACAGUAAAACGCGCAGAAGAGCGCUCGAGCAUACAUUAGAUAGAUUUCAUAACGACAAGUAUCCAAAUGUGCCGUAUUUUUUAUUUGGUGAUUUUAAUUUUAGAACAGACACGGCAAGCGUGAUAAAGAAAUUGACAGAAGAUACUCAAGAAAGGAGGUUAUCGAAUAAAGGAAAUAUUUCUAAAUUGCAAUUUCACAAUAGAGAUGAUGAUCUCAUAUUGACGUUAGGGAAAAAAGAAUUUUCACAUUACGAACAUCAAAACGUAUUUAUGAAGAAUGGUGCUGAAUGGUUACGCGAGUAUGAUAAAGAACUGGGAGAUUUUGAAGGACGAUUGUUCGAGUUUCCAAUCAAUUUUGUGCCAAGUUAUCCGUUUCAAGAAGAUGUAAACGAGCCUGUAAAUUAUAUGCAGACAAGAGUGCCGGCUUGGUGCGAUCGGGUCUUGUUGAGCCCUACUGCGAAAACACUAGUCCAAAAUAUAAAUGAUUCCGAGGCAGUGGAAUACGGUAUAAUUGGUCCAACUACAUGCAUGGGUGAUCACAAGCCAGUCUACUUGAAGGCUAGUCUCAUCUCAGACGCAGGUAUGAUAGACUGCUGCAGCUUGCCAAUUGCACUUGAGUUUUGCUUCCGAGUGCCCAACAAUUAUCCGGAGUUGUUGUCCAUGUUGCCUGAUUGCAAUAGUUACGCUAACGUGCGCGCGGAUUUUGUUGAUCGUUCGUCUAAUCUGUUGCACGCAAUACCUGUUAAGCAUGAUCCCUACACCCCAGAUAGUAUGGACAGUCCGAGUCCGAACGCGCUGAUGGCCUCCGGAGAAGUUCCGGAUUUAGAUACGGAUCACAACGAUAGCAACAAUGUCGCGUCGUCUGCGCUACGAUCAACGAUUCAAAUCACAUCGACCGCCUCGUCGAGACGUCUCGUCAACCGAGCCGUAUCGCCGGCUCUAUUGAAAUCCAGGUUGGAGUUGAUUGUACAAAAUAAGAGACACGAGGACGUAGAUCUGGAUGUAGACUUCUCAGAUAUUAAGAGGAGUCCCAGCGAGUGCCAUCUGCGUUCCUGGCCCGACGCCGAGGAUCGGCAUUGGUGCGUGAGAAAGAAUAGAUGCAACAGCGACGUGUCAUGGCAACGGUCCCACGUUCUAACAGAGGCCUGGAUCCAAGGUAGGGGUCAUCAAGGAUACCACUCUUUCAGUAAUUUUGCGAAUCAAUCCUCUUCGAAUUUGAAUCCACCGGAUGUCGUUGAUGGAUUACCACCCGAUUUAAUCAUACCGCGAAUAGCUAUAAUAAAUGCGAGCAAUUUCGAAUCGAACACGAGCUCUGUGUACUUUCACGACGACAGAUUGAGCAAUUAUUCGGAAAACAAAUUGAGCGCGUACUCGGACGGUCGUACGAAAACGUUGAGUGGCGAAGCCGUGAGUUCGGAAAAAUCGGAUGAGAUUUGUGACAAGAUGGACGAGGAAGGAAAUAACAGAUUGACUCCGAAUGCAGAGAGAAUAAUAAAAAUUAAAAGUAAAGAUACGUAUCCGAAAAGUCAUAGCGAGCCAAUGGAGCUAUCGAGCAAAAAGCCGUACUGCAAAAAGGACAAUGGUGAAUUCAUCGAAGACGAAUGCGAUAUGUGUAAGGAGAUGAAAUGUCAAAUAAUAGAAGCGCAAGCUCUCGUAAGAAAUACAUCUUGUAUGAAAAAUGACGUCUACCAUGAUGAUAGGACUAAUGACGAAUUAAUCAUGAAAUGCGAUAUUCCGGACGAACCUUGUUUUAAAGGCAAAAAUACACGAUUCACCGAGAUCCUAUUGGAAAAUCAGCCGAAUUUUCAAGCAUUACAAAAGAUAUACGUGAAUCACGGAAAAGGCCACAUGGAUCCGGAUAGAAUAAACGUGGAAAUCAACGAUAAGCCAUAUGAGAGAUUCGGCGCACAAAUAGAGUCUCUCGGGGAUCGAGAUUGUGACAGCAAUGUGAUAAAGAUAUGCUCAGAUGAAUACGCGGAUCAUGCGGUAAGUCCCGAUACAGAGAUUAUAAAUUGUGAGAGUAAACAAAGGAUAUGCACCUUCAAGUGCACAAGAAGCAACUCGACACAUAGUCAGGAUAUCAGUGAUCAUGCAGGGAAUGUCAAAUUAAAGUUGAAAGCUUACAAAGUCACUGAACGAUACAAAAGCAACAUUAUAGGAAAGCGGACUAGAUGUAAAAAGUGUUGUUGCGUAAUAUCGUGAAAGAAUUCUCGCUUUAAUUUGUAUCGUAGAAUCUGUGUAUAAUGUUCCUCUAUCGGUUGGUAAUGUUUAUCUAUCGUAUUGUUGCGUCCGUAAAAAUCAAGAGCAGAAAGUAUCGAUAAUUUUUUUUUUUUCUUAUCGAAAAAUAUACGCGAGCACAAGAGUAAAAUCGUCGAUAUUUUCCGUUUUUUGGAAAUGGCGAUUGAUUAUCCUUUUUUUUCUACUUACAUAGAGUAUUUCUUUGAUAAAUUUUAUUCCUUCGUCUUCCCUCGUACGUUCUCUUGACGUGCUAAGUAAUAGUAAUCAAGAUAGAGAGUAUCUACAGUCGUAUCACUGUUUAGCGUAAGACUAUAAUUUAUUUUUACACAGUGUAUAUAUUAUUUCAUCAUUGACUACAUGCCUAAUUAAUUGCUAUGCACUCUUGGGCGUGUGAUUAGUAGAUGGUAUAAUUGAUGCAAUUAAUCGUGAAUAAACACACUUUGUACAUUUCAUUAUCAAAGAUGUAAAAAGACUUAAAAACGACAUAAGCGUGACGUAAGAAGAGAAGAAUGUGAUGUUAAUUUUUCGCUUGCGCUUUGUGUUUUGUGGCGAAAUAUGAAUUUCAUACUCCAUCUUGCAUGCGGCGAGAGACAUUGUCGGUGUGAAACGAUAUUUUGCAUGCGCAUGAUGCUCUAAUAUCGAUAUUGAUUCUACACAUAUUUUUACUAGGAGAUUGUAUCCGAGUGAUGCAAAAUCCUGUUGUCUUUAUUGUACUAGUAUAUUUAUAACUAAUAUUAAUCACACGUUACGUAAUGUCGCGUUAUUUAGAACAUAAAAAUUUAUCAAGGAUAGUUAUGAUAGAUAGUUUCGCCGUUGUGUCAAAUAAUAUGUACAGACUGAUAAAAUCGUUACCGGUAUAUGAUGUACUUUUACGCGAGCAAUCCUACACGCGUUUGUCCUAUUGUGUUACUUUAUACAUAUAAAACUGAUCGAGCGUGUUCGGAUCCUUGAUACGCAUGAAAAGUAAUCGUUUUCAAGGAAAUUAUUACCUCGCAAUGUUCUUGUCCUUGAUUUUUGCAUAUACUGUGACCUCAAUAAUAAUUUGAUUUUAUAGAUUUAUAUAUGUGAGAAUACACACAUACGUGUAUAAAAAUUUUAUUAUAUGAUCACGUACACGCACGCACGCACGCACGCACGCACGCACGCACGCAUACACACACUCUAUCGUCUUACUUAAUUGAAUAGUAUUGUCAUCGUAUAUCGUUUGUGCCGUUCUAACAUUUCGUUCUCGUUUCACGAUGUAGCGAUGAAGAAUUUGACGGUGAUAUCGCAAGGUGAUUCGCAUUGCGUUUUUUCUUUUCUUUUCUUUCCUUUUUUUUAGAAACGUUCUACACGAACGUAUCACGUCGUCAUACGUACUGCGUCCUUGCCAAGAAGAUAUCUAUUCGCUGGAUUUUUUUUACGAGCACGUUUAAGUGGACACUACUGCCAAAGUUAGAUUCGUUGUAGCUUAUUAAGUGAGAA